AUGAAAGAGAUUGAGAAGAGAAAAGCUUCAAGGAAUAGUCAGACAAAGGGUUCGAGGAAAACCGAAAGGAGAGAGAAUAAAUUGCAUCAAGAUAAUUCUUCCAAAACAUUGAAUGAAAAAGGAAUUGAAUCUAAGACACCCCAUGAUAGUAGACCAACUGCAAAUAAUAUUAUUAGUGAUUCAAACGCGGCCUCAGAAAAUUCGGAAACUUUUGAAAAUGUGGUUAUACAUUAUGUGGAUGAUGUCAACAGGUCUGAGGAGGAGGCACUUGCCGAGAUGAAAGUUAAUGAAAUGGUUGCCAAUGAAAACAAAAGUGAAGUGGCUGAUGAUCAUUCUACUGAUUUGGAGAAAGAGCAGAAGGAAGGGAAUGAAGAAGUAUCAGAUGCUGAGACAGUAAAGGAUUCAGUAUCUUCCCAAGGUGAUUCUUUCACAAAUGAGGAUGAGAGAACAGAAAAGACUUCAAAGGAUCCUAAAAGUAAGGUUAAAGUGAAUCCUUCAGAAAACAACCGUGGGUCAAAGGAGAGAUCUGAUAGAAAAACAAAUAAAUUGCAAUCAAAGUUAUCGUAUAGCAAUCAAAAGAAACCUAUGAACUCAAAUAAAGGGUCCUCCAAAGCGUCAAACAAAAAUACUUCCUCAACCAAUUCUAAGACUGUGAAAGUUCCUCUAAAUGUUUCGUCAGAAUCUUCUGAAGGUGUUGAUGAAAAACCUGUUCAAGAGAUCAAGGAACUUGAUAUUGUGGAUGGAUCCUCCAAUGGUGCUCAGAGCAUAGGAAGUGAAGAUGAAAGUCAUGAAUCAGUUAAUGCUGAAGAAAAUGGUGAACAUGAGGACGAGGCAGCUGCAGAAUUAAAAAUCGAAGAAAUGGAAUUACGAAUUGAAAAGCUCGAAGAGGAACUUAGAGAAGUUGCUGCUCUUGAAGUGUCACUUUAUUCUAUUGUACCAGAACAUGGAAGCUCAGCACACAAGGUGCACACACCAGCUCGGCGCCUUUCUAGGCUCUAUAUACAUGCUUGUAAGCAUUGGACCCAAACAAGGCGUGCAACAAUUGCCAAGAAUACUGUUUCUGGCCUCAUUUUGGUUGCUAAGUCUUGUGGUAAUGAUGUUUCACGGUAUGUGUGUUUUAUUAUAAUUCUAUCAUUUACUGAUUUGAACAUGGGCAAUAAAUAUUUCCUUGGUUUGUGUUUUAGGUUAACUUUCUGGUUGUCGAAUACCAUUGUGCUGAGAGAGAUAAUUUCACAAGCUUUUGGGAAUUCAUGUCAAGCUAGUCCCCUUAAAAGGUUGGCCGAGUCAAAUGGGGCUGGCAAGAGAAAUGAUGGGAAGUAUAUGGCACUGAAAUGGAAAGGUAGCUCCAAUGGUAAACCAGGAAAUGGUUUUAUGCCUCUCGUCGAAGAUUGGCAAGAGACAGGAACCUUUACCUUCGCUUUAGAAAGAGUAGAAUCAUGGAUCUUUUCUCGGAUAGUGGAGUCAGUGUGGUGGCAGGCUUUGACUCCCUACAUGCAGACUCCAGUUGGGGACUCUUCAAAUAAAUCUAAUGGGAAGCUGUUGGGACCUGCUCUGGGUGAUCACAGUCAAGGAAACUUUUCCAUCAAUCUCUGGAGAAAUGCUUUCCAAGAUGCCUUUCAAAGACUCUGUCCCGUUCGAGCAGGAGGACAUGAGUGUGGUUGUUUGCCCAUAUUAGCUAGAAUGGUCAUGGAACAAUGCAUAGCUAGACUAGAUAUUGCUAUGUUCAAUGCUAUUCUUCGGGAGUCAGCACUUGAGAUCCCAACUGAUCCUAUAUCAGAUCCUAUUGUGGAUUCAAAGGUUUUGCCAAUUCCAGCUGGAGAUUUAAGCUUUGGGUCUGGUGCACAGCUAAAAAAUUCUGUUGGCAAUUGGUCUAGAUGGCUAACUGACAUGUUUGGCAUGGAUGUUGAAGAUUUUCUACAAGAAGAGCAGGAGAACAGUGAGAAUGAUGAAAAGCAGGGUGUAGAUGGUGAACCUAAAUCUUUUGUUCUCCUUAAUGACUUGAGUGACCUUCUGAUGCUACCUAAAGACAUGCUUAUAGACAGAAAAAUCAGACAGGAGGUGUGUCCGUCCAUCAGUCUUUCAUUGGUUAUACGGGUUCUCUGUAACUUCACUCCUGAUGAGUUCUGUCCAGACCCUGUUCCAGGAACUGUCUUGGAGGCCCUGAAUGCAGAGACUAUUAUAGAGCGAAGAUUGUCAGCAGAACCUGUAAGAAGCUUCCCCUAUGUGGCUGCUCCCGUUGUGUACAUGCCUCCCUCAUCUGCUAAUGUGGCAGAGAAAGUUGCAGAGGCUGGAGGAAAGUGUCACUUGGCAAGAAAUGUAUCAGCUGUUCAGAGGAGAGGAUACACCAGUGAUGAAGAGCUAGAGGAACUUGAUUCCCCUCUUACAUCCAUCAUUGAUAAGCUUCCUUCAUCUCCAACUGUCACUCAUAGUGGAAAAGGUAAUCAUCACAACGAGCAAGGGGGCCACCCCACCACAAAUGCUAGAUACCAACUCCUACGUGAAGUUUGGUCCAUGUGA